ACGUUCAUUGUUCUAUAUUACCUUUUUUUUCUACCCAACUCCGUAUUGUAUUCGAAUGCGACGUUGCCAUGUAACGAAUACGAUUCCGCACGUUUAUUCUUGUAACAUGAGAUUGAUACAAUUAGUGCAUAUUAUUUAGGGACCUGGACUUUUCCACCUAUUUACCACGACAUUUCAAGUUCAAACUAAUUGAAAAUAAGAUAAGUCGGGUCUUUUGAUAAAGUCGAUAAAGAUAACAACAUACAUUAAAUUACAUGUUAUGCGACCUAACAUUAUAACGAUAAUAUCGUAAUGACGAGAUUAUUUUGAUAAAUUACCCAUAAUAUAGUUGUUAUGGUUGGUGUUGUCAGUAUGUCGAUGGUAAAAUAUACCAAUCUAGUCAGAACAGUCUAGUUAAAACGCAGCGCGUGGGUACGAUUUUUUUACGGUGUUAAAAUAUAUAAGUUAAUUGAUAGGCAUGGAGAAUCAAUUGGAGAUAAUAAAAUCUGAAAAGGGCAAUGAUUUAGCGUUGGUAAAUACAUGUAAAUAUCGGCAUAUUCGUCAACGAAAUGACGGAAAAGUGAAAUGGAGGUGCAUACAUAAAACAUGUACCUACUGCAAGUAUUUUAACUGACUCAAAACAUACAAUUCUAUUGGAAAUACUGGGAGAACACAAGCAUACAUUAGAUACUGUAGAAAAAAUCCAGCGUCAAAUUUUGCGAGAAAAUUGUAAAAGAAAAGCUAAUGACACGAUUUCAGUAAGACCUUCAAAAAUUAUAAGAACUGAGCUUUUAAAAGCGGAUUAUGAAGUACCUCAUAAUUAUAUAAAAUCUGUUCGAAAAAGUAUGUAUGAUUUACGUCGAAAAGAUUACCCAACAUUUCCACAAUCAUUAAAUAGUGCUAUCACACAACUUAAAGAAAUACAAAACGAAGAUCGCUUUAGAUUUAAAAACGAAAAGUUUAUUCAUGUUCCUGAAAAUCAAAACUUCAUUUGUAUUACGACGAAAACAAAUAUUAAUUUACACACACAGUGUGAUGAUAUAUUUAUAGAUGGCACAUUUGAAUACGCUCCUAAGUAUUUUUUAAAACUAUACAAUCCAUGGAUUUAAAAAUGGUUUUUAUAUACCACUUGUAUACUUCUUUUUACCCGAUAAAUGUGAAGAAAUUUACAUUCAAAUGUGGGCAUUUUUAAAAAACAUAUGUUUUGAAUAUUUAUCCACCAGACUAUGUAUCCACACAUUACAUGUGGAUUUUGAAAAAGCUGCACAUGAAGCCACGAAAACUAUGUUUCCUGGAAUAGCUAUUAUUGGGUGUAGAUUCCAUUUAGGUCAGGCAUGGUGGCGUAAGGUAAUUAAAUAACAUUAUUACUUAAUUUUUAUUUAUAUUUAUACGUUUUUUUUUAUAUAUUUAGAUACAAGAACACAAUAUUUUAAGAACUUCAUAUUUGAUAGAUGGAGAUGAAUUAGGUAUUUGGUUAAAAUCAUUUUUUGGAUUACCAUUUCUCCCAGUGGAAAAGGUUGAAGAAGGCUUUUUAGAACUCAUGAGUACGUGUCCAAAUGAAAAUGAAAGCUAUAUAUUUUCUGAUUACAUACUUAAGUCGUACAUAGAAUCUGGUUGUCUAUUCCCCCCUGAAUUAUGGGCAAGUGAACCUUCAAUUAGUCCAAGAACCACAAAUGGAGCGGAAAGUUUCCAUAAAAUGUACAACGGACAAUUUCACAGUGCUCACCCACCAACGCAUGUAGUAAUAUCUGUACUAAUGGAAAUACAAGCCGAAACUAUGACAAAAAUUAAUUCAAUUGCUAGAAACGUGCACAGUAAAAUGGGAUCAUCCGAUUUAAAAGUAUAUGUAACGUUAUAGAACAUUUUAAUAAUUA